GGCGCGCCCGGAAGGCUGAGGGCGCUACACCGGAAGUGUCUCCGGGAGCGGGAGCCGCACCGUCCGGGCCUCACAGUGAUGGGUCGCAACAAGAAGAAGAAGAAGCGAGACGGCGACAACCGGCGUCCGCGGCUCGUUCUCAGCUUCGACGAGGAGAAGCGGCGGGAGUACCUGACAGGCUUCCACAAGCGGAAGGUGGAGCGAAAGAAGGCAGCCAUCGAGGAGAUCAAGCAGCGGCUCAAGAAGGAGCAGAAGAAGCUCCGGGAGGAGCGCCACCAAGAAUACCUGAAAAUGCUGGCCGAGAGAGAGGAGGCACUGGAGGAGGCGGACGAACUGGACCGGCUGGUGACGGCAAAGACAGAGUCCGUGCAGUAUGACCACCCCAACCACACAGUCACCGUGACCACCAUCAGUGACCUGGACCUCUCGGGGGCCCGGCUGCUCGGAUUGCCCCCGCCUGGUCAAGGGGCCGGGCCUGGGCCUGAGGAGGUGUCAUCGAUGGAGAAGCCGACCAAAGCCUUACCCAGGAAGUCCAGAGAGCCCCUGCUGUCCCAGCGGAUCUCCUCCCUCACAGCAUCGCUGCACGCACACAGUCGCAAAAAGGUGAAGAAGAAACAUCCUCGACGAGCCCAGGACUCCACCAAGAAGCCCCCGAGUGCUACUCGGACCAGCAAGACCCAGCGCCGCCGGCUGACCGGCAAAGCCCGGCACAGCGGCGAGUGAGCCCGAGAGCCAGGCCAGGCCCCAGCCUCGGCUGCAAGGAUCGGUCCCGCCUCUGCUUGGCUGUCCCUGUAACCCAGCCUGCGCUGACACCGGGGGCUGUUACCCCAGAAGAAGCAGGCAUGAGAACUGGCCUCCCUCAGGAGGAACCUUCUGAGCCACAUUUGGAGCACCUUCCUAAAUGUAUACACCACUGGGCCUCCCUCAGGUUUUU